AUGCCGUGGGAGAUGACGCGCCGUGCGGGCCUCCUGCUGCUGGCUGCCCUGUGCAUCGGCGGUGCGCCCGCGGGUGCGCACGGCGCCGAGGCGCCGUACUUCCUGAUCGCGCACGACCACCGCUGCGCGGAGGCGAGCCAGUUGCAGAGCGGGCUUGAUCCCGACAAGCGAUCCCUGGAGGAGUGCUACCAAGAGUGCCUGGCGAACUCCGAGUGUGCUUACUUCGCGCACUGGCCCAGCACUGGGGAGCUCGGCUCGGCCAUGGACGCCUGUCGCAUCUACGCGAGUCCCUGCUUGCCGUUCUCGAGCCUGCUCGAGGGCUACCACAACAACAUCUAUCAGAUGGGACAGGACCCCCGCUCGCACAUCCACAGCGCCGUGGGGGUGCUCAUGGGGGGCCGUGAGCGCGCCAGCAGCGUGGAGCACAGCCACCUGCUGGUCGCGCUCAGCCUCGUCCUGUCGCUGAGCGCCAUCCUGGCGACCGUGGUGCUCGGUAUCCGGAGGUUGCCAAAGGUGUGGCUGACCCAGGGUUUCCCUGGCUAUUCGCGCCGUCUUGGGACCCCUGGGUCCCUACCUCCAGGCUGGAUAGGUAUGGCGGGCUUUCGACCCCUCAAAGUGGUUGAGAACGAACUCUUCUCUUUCCAACUCCUCAGUAGCACAUGCAGCAUUGUUAUUUUAAUCGUUGCUACAGGGAUCUUUCCUAAAGGAAGUUAUACUUUUGUCAUCUCUGCUGCGGGUACAGCUGCGGUGGAAGAUUCAAGAAGCUUAGUAAGUCUUGCAUCCCAGAGCCCGAGGGGCCCAGGAAGUCAAAGUACGCGUCCUCGGUCUUGA